AUGGCCGACAGCGACUCACCAAACACAAUCACUGUGACCCUGAAACAGGUCGCCAAGAUGAUUGACCACUCACUCCUGCAUCCGACCAUGACCGAUGCCGACAUCGAUGCCGGUCUCACAAUAGCAAAGGAAUACGGCGUAGCCACCGCCUGCGUGAAGCCAUACCUCAUCCCCCGCGCAAAAAAGGCUCUCGAGGGCACCGACGUGCUUGUCUGCCCUGUGAUUGGCUUCCCUCACGGUAACAGUACGACCGAAGUCAAGGUCUUCGAGGCGACCAAGGCCGCGGAGGCGGGCGGAAAGGAGAUUGACAUGGUGAUCAACAUCGGCAAGGCCCUGGGCGGCGACUGGGCGUACGUCGGCCACGAGAUCAAGCAGAUCAACGACGCGGUCGUGCGCCACGGUGCCACGCUCAAGGUCAUCUUUGAGAACGACUUCCUGGAGGAACAGCACAUCGUCCGCCUGUGCGAGAUCUGCUCCGAGAUUGGCGUCGCCUUCGUCAAGACCUCGACGGGCUACGGCUUCGUCAAGCAGCCAAGCGGGCUGUACACAUACGCUGGGGCUACCGUCCCGCACCUUAAGCUCAUGCGCAAACACUCCAAGCCCAAGGUUCAGAUCAAGGCUGCCGGUGGCGUCCGGAGUCUCGAUGACCUGCUGCACGUAAUGUCGCUUGGAGUUACGCGGAUUGGUGCGACCGCUACGGUGGCGAUUAUGAAGGAGGCUGUCGCGAGAGGUAUCACAGACAAGCCAACUACUAUCAACUUUAAGCCAAUAGCUAGCACUGCCCCUGGCGGUUACUGA